CAUUUCAACAGUCUGAGGCUGUUCCACAUCUCCUGAUUAGAAGUUUGUCUGAUAAAGGUUAAGGCCUGAAGUAUAAAUUACUUUGAAGGACGCAGGGUUGUGGGUUAAGGUAGUUUCACUCAUAAAGCCACUUUCCCCCACAACAUAUUGCUUAAAUGUUCUUGAACAAGUUGAUUUUACAUCAAGCUAAAAACCAACGAGUCAUUAAACCAAUAUUUUCAUAGAACUAGGAAAGUUUCCAUUGCCGUUGUGUCCAAGGCUGUCAGCCCGGCCUCUUAAUGUUGUCAUUGAUGGAGAAUUGAUUUGUUGCAGCUUUGAUGUGAGUUUAUAUAUCACAGCGUGUAAUAAGAUGUAACCUGGAUUUGCAGAAUAUGGUAUUGUUGAAAGGUAACAUUAAAAGUGGCCACUCAGCUUUAUUUUUGGAGAAGCCACUAAUUACCUCAUUUUUUGGGAUGCCACCAAGUAAUGAUGUCAUUUUAUUUGACCCCUUGGACUUAUGAUGAUGAUGAUGAUGAUGAUUUUGUCACAUUAUAAACUUGACCUCUUGAACUAAAUCUGUAAUGAAACCAGGCAAGCAAGUCAUGUGUGACAUUUUGAGAGUUUCCGGCUUAUCAAAUGUGAAAAUAUAUCUGUAUAUAAGUUUAGUUGUACUGUACUGUUUGUUGUGACUCGAAAAAGGAAGAAAAAAAGACAUAAGUGAAAACAGUACUAACCAGUGUUCUGUGUGGGUAGUUUUCAGGCACUAGCCGUUAUCUGUAACAAUAUGUUUAUAGUGGUAACAGAUAGGCCGUCAUGUUCACUGCACAUCCUUGACACACAUGGUCGCCCCCGUGCGUUGAGUGAUGGUGCUGUUUUAUCUGCGAGGUGACGAGAAUGUGACCUUGUCUGAUGGGGCUAUAAAGGGGCCAAAGCAUCCAACUGUUCUUCAGAUUCCACUUCUAACUCACCGUGCCUGCAUUUCAUUUAUCAGUAAAGAAAAUUUUAUAAUGUUGCCUGCAACGUUCAAACUGUGUGCUGGCAUUUCCUACAGGCACAUGAGAAACAUGACAGGUCUGAGGAAGAAUGCAAUGGUUGCAAUCCAUCAUGAGCUGAACAAGCUUUCUGGACCUGGACCUAGUGCUUGGAUUAACCACAUCCGAAGAAGGAGCUCCCUGCUCAGCAGUCGGAUUGCAGAGGAGACGUACAGUGAAGCUGAGCAGUGCUAUGUGCAGCAGGGACAAGAAGCUCUGCAGAAGUCUAUCAGCAUCCUCAGUGACCAGGAUGGCUGGCAAACUGAGAUUGAGACUGUCAGUGGGGAUAAGGUGAUGAGUAAAGUAUUACCGGACAUUGGGAAGGUUUUUAAGUUGGAAGUAAUGCUGGAACAGCAAACAGAUGACCUUUAUGAAGAGCUUGUGGAUAACAUGGAACAAAUGGGGGAGUGGAAUCCCAAUGUCAAACAAGUCAAGAUUCUUCAGAAGAUCGGUCAGGAUACUAUGAUCACACAUGAGAUUUCAGGUGAAACACCUGGAAAUGUAGUGGGCCCACGAGAUUUUGUAAGUGUCCGCUGUGCCAAGCGCAGGGGAUCUACAUGCUUUCUUGCUGGGAUGUCCACUCAGCACCCUGGAAUGCCUGAAAAGAAAGGAUUUGUGAGGGCUGAGAAUGGACCCACCUGUAUUGUGAUGCGACCAAGUGCAGAUGAUCCCAAUAAGACAAAGUUUACCUGGUUGCUUAGUUUAGACCUUAAGGGUUGGAUCCCAAAAACUGUCAUCAACCGGGUACUUUCUCAAACCCAGGUGGAUUUCGCAAAUCACCUCAGGCACAGAAUGGCAUCCAAUGGUAGUGUGGAAGCAGCCAUUGCCUGCUGACGUCUACAUUUAUACCCUAUAAAAACACAGAUGUCAUAACACAAGCAGACUCUUUUCAGGGUCAAGCUCAUCCUACCCAAAGCUGUCACACCCAUUCCAGCCCACACUUGUAAACAUUUCACACAGAUGCAGAAGUUAAAUUGUCCAUCGAAGCAAUAUGCUGCUCUUUGCUGUUCAAGCCACACCAUUUUAAAUGUUUUCACAUGCACAGAACUAUAAUAACUAAAACAUUUAUGCUGUAGGUUACUGGAUCAUUGUAAUGGAGGUUUAGUAAGUUUUGAUUUUAAACUGAUGGUAAAUUCAGUUGACUUCCUCUGUCACCUUCAUUUUGUGGCUUUAACUUCCUUUUAUUCACUCAAAUACUUCUGCAGAACACCACUUACUAUUUUUGGGUUAAUUAUUUCCUGUUUUAUCAUUUUUUGUGUAAAAAAAAAAAGUAUUUAUUUUAAGUUAAUAUAAUUAUUGCAUCACCCUGGAAAAGGAUGUCUGCUAAAAGAAUGUUCAUUAAAACAAUUAAA